UUUAGCGAAGAAGGAUCUCAUCUCGAGCCUCGAGGUACAGUCGUUCAGAAGCUUAUCGCUCAAUAAACCUCCUAAUAGGAUGUCAACGACGGAAAAUGGUAGAGACACAUCACCUAGGGCUGUCAGUUUUAGAGAUCGUUACAUGGAGUAUUGUGUUGACGCCAUGCCCGAGUUCCAUGGAGUAUGUGACCCUAUAGCAGCGAUGUUGUGGAUUACUAAAAUGGAGUUAAUAUUUGAUGCCCUUGAGUCUGAUGAUGAAGAGAAGGUAGCCUUUGCUGUUUCUAAAUUGACACACAAAGCCCUGUUUUGGUGGGACAACGUCAAGGAUGCAAGUGGUCCCGAGACUGCAAGAAAGAUGACAUGGAGUCAAUUUAAGGAAGUUUUUAAAGAGGAGUUUCGACCGAUGAUCAGGGUGAUGAAACUAGUAGAAGAGUUUUUCACAAUCAAACAAGGUAGUCGAACAGUGCAGGAGUACAUAUCACGUUUUGAGGAGCUGUGGUGGUUUAUUGAGUCCCAUGUUACGCCUGAAGAGCUAAAGACAUGCUUGUUUGUGAAAGGUUUGAAGGCCAACAUUCAAAAGUUCAUCUCUUCAAAGGACAUGACUAGUUUUCAGACGUCGGUGAACGCUGCAUUAGCAAUUGAAAGUAGACAGAACAGAGAGAUGGAAGAGAGGAGUAACUGCAAAAGAUACUAGGGUCUGGUGAAUGUAGUUAUGUUUCUUAGGGAUGUUUGAAGGAAAAUGUUCCAGUCCGGGUCAAAAUGCAGUAUUACAUUCUAAAAAAGUGUGCAUCUCUUAUGGUUUAUGACUAGUUCAGUUGUUUGGCUAAUUGUA